GAUACCACUGCAUGAUCUGCCUCACGAGUAUAAGCUCUACCCGGUCUAUUUUGCCUUAGCAGCAAUGGCUUCUGUGGAAGGAGACCAGAGGCCGAAGCCCAGUAGCCUGCGGUCCAUUAUAGCCGGCUCUACCGCCGGUGCAGUUGAAAUUGCAAUCACCUAUCCAGCUGAAUUCGCCAAGACACGUACGCAGCUCAAUCGCAGGUUACCGGAUUCGAAAAAACUCCCAUGGCCGCCAUUCGGAAAACAAUGGUAUGCCGGAUGCACUACGUUGAUCAUUGGAAAUUCUGCUAAGGCGGGGAUCCGGUUUGUUGCCUUUGACACAUUCAAGGCUCUUCUCCAAGAUCAAAGUGGGAAAAUAUCAGGACCGCGAACAGUGAUUGCUGGUUUUGGUGCUGGCUUCACUGAGUCGCUUCUGGCUGUCACUCCCUUUGAAAGCAUAAAAACACAACUGAUCGAUGAUCGAAAAUCUGCUAAGCCCCGUAUGCGUGGCUUUCUUCACGGCAGCAAAGUUAUCUUCCAGGAAAGAGGCAUUCGAGGGUUUUUCCAGGGCUUCGUGCCGACAACAGCUAGGCAAGCUGCUAACUCGGCCACGAGGUUCUCAAGUUACACCACCAUAAAGCAACUGGCUCAGGGCUACGUUGCCCCUGGAGAGAAACUGGGCGCUGUAAGCACAUUUGCUAUCGGUGGUCUAGCUGGCCUCAUCACAGUUUAUGUUACUCAACCACUCGAUACCGUUAAAACUAGGAUGCAAUCUUUGGAGGCUAGUAAGAACUAUAAGAACAGUCUUGUCUGCGCUGUAAGGAUCUUCAGGGAUGAAGGGGUAUUCACCUUCUGGUCCGGCGCUGUUCCGCGGCUAGUCAGGCUAAUCUUAAGCGGUGGCAUCGUUUUCACUAUGUACGAGAAGAUGAUGGAGGGACUGGAUACUAUUGACCCCCAGAGGAAAUACAUAUGAUAUCUGGCUAAUGUCUAUGAGCCAUUUUCAGUACUUGGAAUAUCUCCACUCCAGAUCAUGGGAGCUAUUACAUGUGAGAACACCAUAAUAAUGGGGAGCCACCAUCAAAGACUGCGCGUUGGUCAAAAUAUUUGUAUUUCCGGUUAUAUAUGUAUCAUA